GGCCAUUAGAUUGAAGCACAGAUAUCAUGUCGGUAUGAGCUAUAAAAUGAGAGGUUAAGCAUGAUUUCAGCUUGUCACCUCACAUAGAGGGGUGAGACAGAUUGUGUUUCAGUUGAGUGUACAUGCUUAGAAAGCAUGACAAAUCAUGAUUACUUAACAUACUAAUAUCUUCUGUUUAUGUAAAAUGCGAAAAAACAAGAACAUAAGGAGAAACUUUGUGGAUCGGACGUUGCUUUCUUGUGCAUUCAUACAUGGUAAUUGGUAAGACAUGCAUGCACGCCUAGUUUUCCUAGCAUUCCACACGCCACGGGAAGCACAAUUCUUGCACCUCCCUCCAGCAACACAAACACAAUCUUCUUCCUCUUCACACACAAACCGAUGUUCGCCAAUUAAUUAUUUGAUCUCACAUUUAAUUCUUUCCCCAUUUUUUUUCUCAAGGUGAAACAUGAACUCACUCUCUUUUGCUAAUAUCACUUCACCACUGACCAGACUCUUCCCAUGUCUCUCUCUUCUCCAUCUCUCACCAAACAUAACGUCUCUCUCUCUCUCUCUCUCUCUCCCUCUUUUACCUCAUUCAACUCGCCUCGCCUCGCCAGGGCGCUUCACGCGAGCAACGUGCCAUCGUCCGCUUCUCCUUUUUCUCCAUUUGGACACAAGCCACCACCCUUUUCUGUCUUAUAUCACGCAUCAAGUAACAUCUACCGCAACCUUCUCCUUCUUGAUUCACCCACUACCACCAACGAAAGGAUUGGCACCGACCUCAGCAUGGAUGGGAUGCAAGGUGAUGGCAUGUCGGAUGAUCGGCGCAAGGGCCGCAGCGCAGCCAGGCGUGCCAUUCCCCCAGUGGAAUCGGCGGCCGAGGAGGUGGCGGCGCCUCCUAAUGGGGCACCAUGCGGUGCGUGCAAGUUCUUGAGGAGGAAGUGCACCAAGGGGUGCAUAUUCGCGCCCUAUUUUGGGUCGGAUCAGGGGGCAGCUAAAUUCGCUGCUGUGCACAAGGUGUUUGGGGCGAGCAAUGUGUCCAAGCUGCUCCUUCACAUUCCUGUCGACAGGAGGCAGGAUGCAGUUGUGACGGUCUCGCACGAAGCCCAGGCGAGGCUGGCAGAUCCCGUUUAUGGCUGCGUGUCGACCAUCCUCGCAUUGCAACAACAGGUGGCGACCCUGCAAGCUGAGCUCUCUCUGGUGCAUACGCAGCUGAUGAGCAGCCGAUACGCGGUGGCGAAUGCCUUCCAGACCCCGGAGAUGCAGCAGCCCCAGCCGCCCCGCCCCUACCUCCUCCCGAUGCUGCAACCAGAGUACUCCAACAACUCCUCCGCCACCUCCAACAACUUCAUCAACAUUGGCAGCUUCGCCGGCGCCAGCAACUUCGACAUCGGCGCCGCAGCGUCCUCCCACACCCUGGAGCCCCUUCCCCAGUUCCCGCACCCGCCCAGGGACGAGGACGAGGGGGAGGGGGAGGGGGGGGAGGAGGAGGGGGAAGAGGAGAGCCAUGUGCCCGCCAUUUUCGGGGACGAAAUCUUCCGUGGAAGGUGAAGAGAGAGUUUUUAGGAAAAUGGCCCCGGGCGUGAGUUUCUUGUUCUCCUCCUCAUUCAUAGACACAGGGCCAUUCAUGUCCAUGUCACUGGUGUGAAUAACAGACUUGUUUUUACUUUUUUUAGUAACAUGA